AUGGAUGAUUUUCUUCACAGUGACAUCUCUACCGCCCGUCUGUUGCUGAGGCCGCUUGUUAGGGCUCCUGAAGAGGACCCCAUUGCCUUGGAGAGAUUCCACACGCUCUGGAGCAACGAGCAAGCUACGAAAUGGAGUCUACGGGGUCCAUCCCAUACUCUGGAGGCGAGCAAGGACUGGAUGGCAGGCACCAUUCCCCUGCCAAUGCCGACCAAUAGAAUCCGGAUCGCAUACUUGGUACUCUACGCCGACGACGACGAGGGGUUCGUCCACCCCACCAAGAUUGACGAGAAGCACUGGAAGAUGGCGGGCGUCAUCACAUUGCUGGCCAGCAACUUCACCCUGGAGGGCGAGGUCGACGCCGGCGGGCCUCGCGGACCCGAGGACCCGUUCAGGGCCGUGGAGCUCGGCUACCUGUUCAUGCCCGAGGUCUGGGGCAAGGGAGUCGCGACGGAGAGCGUCCGGGGCGUGGUGGACGCGUAUCGGCGGGACGUGGAACCGGCGCGCCGACCGCUGUGCCCGCGAGAGGUGCAGGCCAACGUGCACGUAUUGAACGGGGCGAGUCGGCGGGUGCUGGAGAAGGUGGGCUUCACGGAGGUUGGCCGGUUCGAGGACAUGAGGGCUUGUCUUCCGUUGGUCGAGGGUCACCCGGAGGCGCGCACGAUCUUGCACUUCCGGAUGGUGGGUUGA